UGAGGAGCCAAGCAGCCCCCUCCACAAACCAGCGGCCAGAAGGAACUGUGUAACACGGAAAGGGGCACCUCCGAGACAAGAAGAGGUGGAUUCCAUUGAUUCGCAAAGCAUUCUCGGACAUGCUCAAAGUGAGCGAGGAGACCAGCAGGAAAGGCUGGGAGAGCGCAGAAAGAAGUAGCAGCAGCAGCAGCAGCAGCAGGAAGACAAAGAAGAAGGGGCUGGGCGGGGAAGCCGCUGAGCUACCACCUGCUGUGACAAACUGUUUCCAGGAGGAAAUCAAGAUCGACUGACAUCCUGUUGGAAUCUCUCUCUUCACUCUUCCAACUGUUCCUGAUUCCCAGCGGAUUGUGCACUUUUGUGGAAAGGGAAAUGACAGCAGCACAGCUGACUCAGGGCUGUGUGACUUUUGAGGAUGUGGCCAUCUAUUUCACAGAGGGGCAGUGGGCUCUGCUGGAUCCCAAGCAAAGAGCUCUAUACCUGGAAGUCAUGCAGGAGAAUUAUGACAAUGUGGCCUCCUUAGGUAAAGGAUAUCCACUUUGCAAAUCUGACUUGAUCUCCCUCCUUGAGGAAGGGGAAGAGCCAUGGAUCCCAAAUCAGCAGGCUCUGGGAGUAAAGAAAGCACCAUCAAACCACAGCUCUGAAUUUCCUGAUCUGAUAAUAAAGCUGGAGCAAGCAGAGACACCUUCAAUAUGGAUUCACUACGGCUUUGGCAAAACCAAUGCAUUUUCAGCUAAUGGGCGUGUAAAGGAGGAGGAAACCUUUCAGCUAGAAAGCACUGCCCACAUGGAAACAAGUGCAACAUCAUUAACCGCAGUCAAAGAUAAUUUGUCUCACCAAAAGGGCAUAGCAGCAGAGAGGCAGCAAGGGAUUAAUCCCAGGAAGAAAGUGGGCAAGAAUGAAUUUUGUGGGAAAUGGAUCAGGGGAAUAAAUGAAACCAAAGGACAAAGGAUAAUCCAUGCGGCUGCAAAAACACAGACAUGGGGCUCUAAUAUUCGAAGGCAUAAGAAGAAUCAUAUUGGAGAGAAAAGAUACAAAUGCUUUGUCUGUGUGAAAAGCUUCAAUAGAAGAUCAAACCUCAUUACACAUGAGAGAACCCAUACUGGAGAGAAACCCUAUCCAUGCUCUGUCUGUGGGAGGAGUUUCAAUCGUAACCCAAACCUAACAAGGCAUAUGAGAAUCCACACUGGAGAGAAGGCAUACACAUGCUCAGUCUGUGACAAACGUUUCCAUGACAGAUCAAACCACAUGAGACAUGAAAACACCCAUACAGGAGAAAAACCAUAUAAAUGCACAGUCUGUGGGAAAAGCUUCAGCUGCAAUGCUUACCGUAUUCUACACAGGAGGAUCCACACAGGGGAAAAACCCUAUCGGUGUUCCUUCUGUACGAAAAGCUUCAAUCAGAAGCCCAACCUCAUGAUGCACAUGAGAACCCACACAGGAGAAAAACCAUUCACAUGUUCAGCCUGUAGUAAAAAUUUCAGUUGUAAGGCACGGCUUAUUAAACAUGAGCAAAUCCACACGGGAGAGAGGAUGCACACAGAAGAGAAGCCAUACGCAUGCUCAGUCUGUGGAAGAUGCUUCCAUCAGAAGUCAAACCUUAUAAGUCAUGAAGGAAUCCAUACAGGAGAGAAACCAUAUGCAUGCACACUCUGUGGCAAACACUUCAGUCGCAAAGCCACUCUGAUUAGACAUGGGAGAAUCCAUACAGGAGAAAAAGCAUACAUGUGCUCGGUCUGUGGGAAAAGCUUUCAUGAUAGAUCAAACCACGAGAGACACAAAAAAACUCACACAGGAGAAAGACCAUACAAAUGCUCCAUCUGUGGCAAAAGCUUCAGUUUUAAAGAAUACGUGACUAAACAUGAGAGAAUCCACACUGGAGAGAAACCUUAUCAGUGCUCAGUGUGUAGGAAAAAAUUUAACCAGAGACCAAAUCUCAUUAGUCAUGAAAGAAUGCACAGGGAAGAAAAACCCUAUCCAUGUUCAGUGUGUGGGAAAAGUUUUGGUUAUAAAUCCCGCCUUAUUAAACAUGAGAAAAUUCAUACAGGCGAGAGAACCCAAAUGGGAGAGAAACCGCAUAGAUGCUCAAUCUGUGGGAACAGAUUCACUGAAAAAUCAAACCUUAUUGCGCAUGUGAGAAUCCACACAGAAGAAAAGCCCUACACAUGCUCCGCCUGUGGGAAAAGUUUCAACCAAAGAUCCAACCUUAUCACACAUGAGAGAACUCAUACAGGGGAAAAACCUUACACCUGCUCAGCAUGUAGGAAAAGUUUCAGCCGCAAAGCUAGCCUGAUCAGACAUGAGAGAAUCCAUACAGGAGAGAAGCCAUACAUGUGCCCAGUGUGUGGGAAAAGCUUCCGGGCUAAGACAAACCAGAUUCGACACGAGCGAAUUCACACGUGAUAUGGCCUGCUAGAGUAAAAAGGAGCUCAAAUUGCUGUGAACAUACUUUGAGAUAGUUUUUAAUUUAUAUGUGACUGUAGCAUAGCAGCAAAUAGAAAGCUGUUAUGUUAUUUGGCUGAGUAUUCCAGCACUGCCACUGCCUCCUCUUGGGGAAUAAAUAAACCAUAUAUGCAGUGUUCUCUCAUUUCAAGCAAAUGGCUGUAGGGUACUUUCUUUUCAUGUAGGAGGCAGUGGUGGCAGCAGCGGCAGCAACAGAAACAGAAUCAUGGAAUUGGAAGAGCUGGAAGGGAUCUUGGAGAUCAUCUAGUUCAACCCCUUGCUCAGUGAAAGAAUCUGUUGCAGCAUUCCUGACAGAUGGGCAUCCAGCCUCCGUUUAGAAUACGAAUACGACAAAUAUUUAUAUACCGCUUUCAACAAAAGUUCCCAAAGCAGUUUGCAUAGACAUAAAUACAAAAAUAAAAUGGCUCCCUGUCCCCAAAGGGCUCACAAUCUAAAAAAGGAAAUUAAGAUAGACACCAGCAAUAGCCACUGGAAGGAUGCUGUGCUGGGGAUGGAUAGGGCCAGUUGCGCUCCCCCUGCUCAAUAAAGAGAAUCACCACUUUUAAAAGAUGCCUCUUUGCUCAGUUAGCAGGGGAUAAAAGCCUCCAUGAAGAAGGUUCCAUCACUGCAGGAAGCAAAUUGUAUCACUGCUGAAGAGCUCUUCCUGUUGAAUCUGCUUCCUUGUGAUUGGCACCAACAGGCUGAAAUUACAUGGAAGCAGAUUGAGGCUGGACACAACGAAGAGUUUCUUAGUGGUCAGAGUUGUUCAGCUGUGGAACCGUCUGCCUCGUAGUGGUAGCCUGAGUCUACAAUUUUGAGUCUACGGAAGCAGAGUCUACAAUUUUGGAAACGGUUGUUAAAGCAUUUGUUAUUUUUAA